UUCAACCAACUCAUUCAUUAGAAGUAGAGAUCACACGGAUCAUGUUGAUGCAUGGGCUGAACGUUGUGUUCAGACUGACAUCUGCCUAUGAUCAUCAGUAGACACGAUAAGCCAGAAGAUAUGCUGGAGCUAACUACGCAUUAACCGGCACUAAUUCAAGCGAUCCUCAUAUCUGCCAGAAUAAUUCCUUUCCAAUCACGCUGAUGGCAGCAAUCCCUCCACUCGAUACUCCACUAUAAGACCGCCAUUCCAUUGUCUCCCAAGUCGCAACAGACCAACCAUUUCACCUCGAUUCCUAUCCUACCCAUCUUCUUCCUCGCGGCGACCGGCGUCGUCCAUGGCUCGCAAGAAGGUGGCCAUCGAGUACAUCGCGAGCGACCCGACCCGGAAGGCGACGGCGAGGAAGCGCGACAUGGGGAUCAAGAAGAAGGCCGGCGAGCUGUCCGUCCUGUGCGGCGUCGACACGUGCUACAUCAUGUACCGCGAGGGCGGGGCCUCCCCGCCGGAGGUGUACCCGUCGGUCCCGGAGGCGAUGCGCGUCAUCGACCGCUUCAGGGCCAUGCCGGAGCUGGACCAGUGCAAGAAGAAGAUGGACGGGGAGGACUACGUCCGGGAGCGCAUCGCCAAGAUCCAGGAGCAGCUGCGCAGGGCGCAGCGCGACAACCGCCAGCUCGAGACCACGCUGCUCCUCCACGACGCCCUGGUCGGCCGCCGCCAGGGCCUCGCCGGCGUCGCCAUCGAGCAGCUCGUCAGCCUCGGCUGGAUGGCGGAGAGCUACGUCAAGAAGGUGAGCGACUGCAUCGCGUACAGGAGCAUGCAGCAGCAGCCGCAGCCGCAGCUGCAGCACGCCGGCGUGCAGGCUGAGCCGCCGCAUUACGCUGCCGCCGUCGCCGACGUGGAGGCGCCGCCGCACCAGCAGUUAUAAAUAAGACACACGCCCUCUGGUCCUUCCCGAUUUUUUGUAUGCCGAGUUUAGUACUCUUUAGGUUUGACUUUGGUACGUGAUCUGCUUCCCUGUCACUCGAAGAAGAACAAAGCCUGCA